CUCCGCUCUGACUGUUUACAAUUCCCCGACGAAACAUGGCCGUCGGCUGUUGACUAACUCCUUGUUGAUGUUUCCUUUAAGAUUAAUUGUGAAGUAUUUUGAUUGAUUUUUUGCAAAGUUAGAAAUAACGGCGACAAGUUCACUCGUCUCUCUUCUCUCUGUUAAAAAAGACCUCUGCAUUUCAGCCUUUUAUUACAUUGGUUCUGAAGGCUAGCAUUCGUGCUAACUUUUCCCAUAGGUAACAAUGACAGCGACUUCAGCGGGCGGCAGCACCUGUCUCACCACCAAAGGACUGGACAUCAGUCUGGCCGCUCUGCGCAGACAAGACCCCUACAUCAACAACAUUGUAGACGUGGCCAGCCAAGUCGCUUUGUAUACUUUUAACAACAGGACGAAUGAGUGGGAAAAGACAGAGGUGGAGGGGACUCUGUUUGUCUAUACAAGACUGGCAUCUCCGAGGCAUGGCUUCACCAUCAUGAACAGGUUGAGUAUGGAGAACCUGACAGAACCAAUCACAAAGGAGCUGGACUUCCAGCUCCAAGACCCAUUCCUCCUCUACCGCAAUGCACGCUUUGUCAUCCAUGGGAUCUGGUUCUACGAUAAACAAGACUGCCAGCGCAUUGCCCAGCGGAUGAAAACUCUGACCCAGCAGGAGCAGGCCCUGGCCCAGUCCCAGUCCCAGGGGGGGGGCCCUCUGCCCCCAGGGGGAGGCGUCGCAGCAGGGGGGGGAGGAGGAGGAGGAGAGGUGGGAGGAGGUGUGGAAGGCCAUCCUGUUGACAUUCUGCAGAUGCUGGCCAAAGCACGCAACGAGUACGACAAGGGAGGACAGUCUAGUUCAGAGCCUAAGGAGAUUGGAGGCAGUAGCAUGCUAUUUGGGAACCCCCACCUCAUCAAACCAAUUCCAGUUAAAACCUAUCACUCAGGACGGGGACCCUGGGGAGCCCCGGUCCUCUCUCUGUCCACCCUGUGUCGGCUCCCAGCCCCCCCACCCGUCGCCCUCGGCCAUCACGGGGGCCCCUCUCCCCCCGGCCCCCCCCCAGUUGGCUCCGCCCCCGCGUCCGCCGCCGUCCCACCCUCGGGUUCCGCAAGAGACCGGGGGGCCGGCCGGCGUGGCGCGCUCCUCUCCUACGACGACCCCGUGGGGGCCCCCAAAGCCGUGCGGGCCCAGCCGCGGCCGCCCCCAGCGCUCUCCCCCUGAAAGGCCCCGAUGAUGGGGGACGGCGGGGCCCUCCUCGGGAGAGCGCCCAACGCUGCGGUGAGGGGCCCCGUCGCGGUGGGGCCCCCCGGGUCUCCCUACUCUGCGUACGUGGUCGCCGGGGCCCAGGGCCGCCACACCGGGCCCCUCCAGCCCCAUCUGCCCCCCCAGCCUCAGCAGCCCCCCCAGCAGGGCCAGGGGCAGCUCUGCCCCGCCAUCCAGAAGCUGAUCCAGGGGCCUCGGGGCCAAGGAGGACCCCCGCCGCCGCCGGGGCCCCGCCUCGCUGCACACCGUGUCGGAGUCCCCCGAGAACCGGCUGUGUGACAACGGGCUGACGCUGGAGCAGCAGCAGCACCACCAACACCAGCUCCACCACCAGCACCUCCAGCACCAGCAGCACCUCCAGCACCAGCAGCACCUCCACCAGCACCCAUCACCUCCACCAACAGCACCAGCACCAACCACCACAACCGCUCCAGCACCAGCCGCAGUAUCACAGAGUCCACAGCAGACCACAUCCAGAGACUCUUCCAAGCACAGGCCCAAGCCCAAGCCCAAGCCCUGGUCCAGGCCCAGGCCCAGGCCCAGGCCCAGGCCCAGGCCCAGGCCCAGGCCCUGGCCCAGGCCCAGGCACAGGCCCAAGCCCUGGUCCAGGCCCAGGUCCCUGUCUCUACCGCCCCCUGCUGCUCCAACCCCCCUCCCCCCCUCAUCCCCUCCAUGCAACACCCGAUGCAACCAAUCACAGCGGAGUCUGUCUCCUAUCCCACCCCCAGCACAACCAGCAUGUCUACUUUCACCCGUGCAAAGCCCCUCUCCGACAACCGCGGCGCCCCCAGCAGCCAGCAGGCUCCAGGGACGUCCUCCACCAUGCCAGGCGUGGCCCCCCAUGAGCUGCUCCAGAAGCUCCAGCUGGUGCACCAGGAACAGGGCCAGACCCCCCAUGAGGCCCGCGCCACGGCCCAGGGUUCGCCCCUCGAUUCCAGGGUCCCGCUCCAACUCAAGACCCAGGCUCCGCCCUGGGCCCUGGCGAUAAGGAGGCCAUGCGAUUCCCGGAUCAUUAUUGUCGCCUCCCCCCAGCGCAUCCCGGCCACCGUGGCCCCCACGCUGCUCCUCUCGCCCAGCGUCUUCUCCCAGGCCAAGGCGGCGGGGCCCCCCCAGGACGGCGGCCCCGCCCCGGGCCCCCCCGCCCCGCGCCCCCCCGCCCCGGAGGAGGCCCCGGUGCUGUCCAGGGGCCAGCUGCAGGACACCCUGCUGCACCUCAUACGGACGGACAGCUCCUUCAUCGAUUGCAUCUACAAGGCGUACAUCGGCGGCCUGGCUAGAGACAGCCAGUUCUGAGGCCCCCCCUCCUUAAGAAGCCACCCUAUCAACCACUGCCUCUAACCACUGUUACGCCAGCGCCACCUACCUAUGCAACCGCCUCUCUUGGUCAACACACACGCACGCACACACACACACACACACACACACACACACACACACACACACACACACACACCCCUGCACGGCUUCAGUUCAAUGCUCUGUGGGACUUAUCUACCUAUAGGCCAUAUUGGCUCUAAACACUAGCUAGUGUUUAAAGCCAAGAAGCAAUGUGGCGGAUAGCGGUGAAUAAGGCGCAUGGGAUUAGUUAUGGUUCCAAGUUGGCAUCGCUCAUGUAUCAGAGAGUGAACGGAGGGCACACUUCCCACUGUGUUUAGGAGAGGAAACCGUUGUCUUAAUAUCUGAAUGUAGCAGAAUCGUUUUCAAUAUUAAUGGUCUCAUUCCAUCCAUGCCGUCUUUUACCCGCUAUUCCGUCUGAUGGCUAAGAAGCAAUAAAAUAAACAGACUUUUAUACAUUUGAGUACAUGCACGGAUGUGAACUGGAAUGUCACGUCAUUCCAGUUUCAUUCCGGUCAUUUUAUAGAUAGUUUUUAUCCAUUUAAUGUUUUCAAAAGAUAUUCAGAGUUCACUUUUUAUUCGUUCUUCAUUUGGGUGUAUCAAAAAAUAUAAAAAUUCUGCCCCGGUUAUUAGUAAAUAUAACUGUUUUUUACAAACGAGUAACGGUAAAGUAAAAGUUAGCGGAAAGCUAAAGUAGCAGCGAUUAAUAUUGAGCAACAUUUUGAACAUUUCAGAGACCAUGUAGCCAGGUAAUAUGUUCCAUCGUUAAAAUAAUGUUAUUUGUUUAAAAUGGAAAAGGAAAUUAUUCUUCAUUUGUUAUUAAGUAUUCAAAUUUGUUGAAGAAAAUGUAUAGAAGCCAGAAGAAUUGCACUAGGCUGUUUAUGCACUGCUGGCUCAUCGGAUAGAGCUAGCGGCGUAGCUAGCAUGCUUUUACUGAUCGGACAAUCCAAUCAAUUAUUGGGGCUUUCGUCUAAGAGAGGUAGGGGGAUUUGACUAUUGCAACACAGAUGGUACUUUUGGCAUUAACACCAAGCAGUGUUAUAUGUAGGCAAGUUUCCCCCCUCAUGAUGUGGUCGAACUGGUGGUUUCAGACAUGGGAGAAGGCAGUAUAACUGAAGUUGUUUGGGUGUUUUCCUGCUUCAGUCAAUAAAGAGGUCUCAGCCAUACAUGUUGCCAUUCGGAGGAACAAAUACUUGAAUCCCGCCACAUGGAAAUACCAAUAUUUUUCAUACGUGUCACUUAUAUCAAUGGUCAUGUCAUAUGUUGGUGAGAUAUCACGUUGAAGAAGAAAACAAAAAAGUGUAAUAAAAAUAACCUUAUUGGGUUCUCGUAGUGAGCAAAGGGAAUCUGAUAGCCAGCCUACAGCGGUUCAACUGAGCAAAAAUAUCUUGAGAGAUUUUCCAUUUUUUUUUACUCAUUCUUAAAACUGUAGGCUAUUCUCCUACAGACAUACCUCCAGCAUGUAGUGUUUUAAAACAUUUUAAUGUGUACGUUCUGGUUUAACAAAGGCCACACUAAUUUGCAUACGAAAGGUCUUUGAAAAACUUUUCAAAUCACCAAUUUUGAUAUAUCGAAUGUAGAAAAUACUUUUCAGGUUUUAGAAAUUCUCAUUAUUUUCAAAGACAUUGUAAACCCAGGGAAUGCGAGCACACAGAUCUCAUUUAAUACCUUUCUGUCAUAAAACUCCUGUCUGUAAAUAACCACAUACAAAUUGGAUAUAAACGAUUUUCAACUCC